CUCCCGCGCCCUGCUGUGGUUUCACAUAAAAGGACGAUCAACCCCUCCAUCCCCCCCGGCGAUUGCCUCUUCCCUUGAUCGUUGCCUCCUCCGCAUCUCCAGGCAUCUCUAGCCAUAUAGAGGAAAUAACCCCCCUCCCCCCUUUUUUGCUGAAGCCAGGAGCAUCUUGAGACAAGACAAGAUGUAUCGAGUCGGCAACAUCUACUUGAUUGCGGCCGUCGCCGUCAUUGGUGGCGGCCUUUUCGGCUUCGAUAUCUCGUCCAUGUCGGCCAUUAUCUCCACUCAGCCCUAUCUGUGCCAGUUCAACCAGCUUGGCCACAAUGAGAAAGGCGAAUGCAGGGGGCCCAGAUCUGCCGUGCAGGGCGGCAUCACUGCUGCCAUGCCCGGCGGUUCUUGGCUCGGCGCCCUUGUCUCGGGUUUCCUCUCUGACAUCUUCGGCCGAAAGACUUCGAUCCAGAUCGGCUCCGUCAUCUGGGUGAUCGGUUCUAUCAUUGUCUGCGCAUCUCAGAACAUUCCAAUGCUUGCUGUUGGGCGUAUCAUCAACGGCUUCUCGGUCGGCAUCUGCUCCGCACAGGUUCCCGUCUACAUCUCGGAGCUCGCACCCCCGUCUCUUCGGGGCCGUCUCGUCGGCUUCCAGCAGUGGGCAAUCACCUGGGGCAUUUUGAUCAUGUUCUUCAUCUGCUACGGCUCGUCCUACAUCGAUGGCUCCGCCGCCUUCAGACUGCCGUGGGGCCUGCAGAUGAUCCCAGCCAUGCUGCUCUUCCUCGGCUUGGUCUUCCUGCCAGAGUCGCCGCGUUGGCUGGCCAAGAAAGACCGCUGGGAUGAGUCUAAGAGUGUGCUGGUGCUCGUUCAUGGGAGGGGAGACGAGAACUCGGUGUGGGUCGCCCGCGAGCUGGAGGAGAUCCGCGAGGUUGUCGAAUUUGAGCGCCUCAACUCGGACGUCACCUACUUCGAGCUGUUCAAGCCCAAUAUGAUCAACCGGACAAUGAUUGGAGUCUUUACCCAGAUUUGGUCCCAAUUGACGGGAAUGAACGUCAUGAUGUACUACAUCACCUAUGUCUUCACCAUGGCCGGUCUCGGUUCCGACGUGCUCUUGCCGUCGGGCAUCCAGUUCAUCAUCAACGUCCUCAUGACUGUCCCCGCCCUCCUCUGGAUGGAUGUUUGGGGCCGCCGGCCAACCCUCUUGGUGGGCGCCUUCUUCAUGUGCCUCUGGCUGUGCAUCAACGCCGGUCUCUUCGCAGUCUAUUCGCGCCCACCUUUCCCAGGCGAGUUCACCUCGGCGAGUGAGAGUAUGUCCGUCAGCGGACCCCCUGCCAAGGCGAUCAUCGCGUCGACGUACCUCUUCGUCGCCUCGUUUGCCCCUACUUGGGGUCCCGUCUCCUGGACCUACCCGCCUGAGCUGUACCCUCUGCGCCACCGUGGCAAGGCUGUCGCUCUCGCCACGUCGGCUAACUGGGCUUUCAACUUCGCGCUUGCCUACUUCGUGCCGCCGGCCUUUGAGAACAUCACCUGGAGGACCUAUGUCCUGUUUGCCGUCUUCUGCGCAGCCAUGUUCAUCCACGUCUUCUUCGUCUUCCCUGAGACGGCCAACAAGCCCCUCGAGGAGGUGCACGAGAUCUUCGACGACACCAAGCCGGGCAGCAUCAAGUACCUCGGCACUCCAGCCUGGAAGACGCACAACACGCGUUCCGCCGUCCUCAAGCGCGAGCGCAACGAGCUCAGCGACGAGGACAAGGUCGGGUUCGAGGGCCGCCAGGUGAGCAACGACCAGACCACCGAGAUCAAGCAGUGAAGCGCCUAGUGGGAUGCGACGGCAGUUCCUUUUGGAUUCUUGCUAUCUCCGGCAUGACCGCUUUUUUUUGAUACCCGCGUUUGGAUGUUCUGUUGGGCACGUUGGAUAUUGAGGUGGGACGUACUUGGUACUCCCGUGCUUAAAUCUAUCUGUCAAAUUAUAAUUUUGUCUUCAUCCUCGUAUUUAUUCUUUUGUAUGGUCUGAUAGUCCCCUAUUAGGCUAUGGGUUAGGUAA